UUCAACACGAGCCUGCUCGCGCCGGUUGGACCCAUAUUGCUCGCCAAAUGACACGAUAGGUGGAUCUGGGAUGACUGGGUGUUGGUAGGCAGCCAAGUGGUAUAUAGCAAAAGAGACGCCCAUAUCGAGCCGGCCUGUCUGUCGCCCUCCCUUUCAGCAGCUCACACCCUCUUUCUAUUCCGCAUAUCGAUGUAAACCUUGGUACUGGGUCGGAAACCGUCGACACUGAAUCCUAUCGAAUAUACCCGGGCCGUUCCCACCACACACAGAUCCAACCAUGCCUCUUCCGGCCGGAGUUUACCGCGCGGACCACGUCGGGUCCUUCCUCCGCCCCAAGGCCAUCCUCGAGACCCGCGAAAAGGUCGAGAGCCAGGCCGCUACCGCCGAGGACCUGCGCAAGGUCGAGGACGAGCACAUUGCUACUGUUGUCCGGGAACAGAUCGAGAACGGCCUCCAGUCCGUGACCGACGGUGAAUACCGCCGCGAGUGGUUCCACAUCGACUUCCUGCAGCAUCUGGCCGGCGUCGAGAAGCGCGGCCAUGUCGCGUCCACCAACGUCACGUCGCAUGGCCAGACCCCUCCCAGACUGGUCGUUGUCGGCAAGCUGGGCCACCCGAACGCCAUCCAGGUCGACGACUUCAACUACGUGAACCAGCAGGUGGAGGCGGUCAAGGCCUCGUCGCAGACCGUCACCACCAAGGUGUGCAUUCCCAGCCCGACCAUGGUGUACUUCCGCAGCGGCCGCGACGGCAUCGACGCCGACGCCUACCCCACGCUCGAGCCCCUCUUUGACGACAUCGCCAAGGCCUACCAGGCCGAGCUCGACGACCUGUACGCCGCUGGCUGCCGCUUCGUCCAACUGGACGACACCAACCUGGCCUACCUCUGCGACGAGGGCAUGAGCAAGGAGGCCGCGCAGCGCCACGGCAAGACCCCCGCCGAGCUGACCCAGCAGUGCGUCGACAUCAUCAACGCCUCCAUCAGCAAGAGGCCCAAGGACAUGACCAUCGGCAUCCACCUGUGCCGCGGAAACUUCCGCUCGCAGUGGUUCGCCCAGGGCGGCUACGAGCCUGUGGCCGAGACGCUGUUCAAGGGGCUCAAUGUCGAUGUGUACUUCCUCGAGUUCGACGAUGCGCGAUCAGGCGAUUUCUCUCCGCUCCGUCACCUGCCCGAGGACAAGAUCGUGGUGUUGGGCGUCAUGUCGAGCAAGAAGGCCGAACUGGACGACAAGAAGGCCAUGAUCGAGAGGUUGAACGAGGCGGCGGGUUACUGCCCUAGGGGUCUGGACCAGUUGUGCCUGUCGCACCAGUGCGGCUUCAGCUCGACCAAGGAAGGAAACGACUUGACGGUGGAGGAGCAGUGGGCCAAGGUGCGCCUCGAGGUCGAGAUUGCGAAGCAGGUCUGGGGUGACGACCUGUCGCAGUAGAUGCGUCUGUGUCUAGUUUCAAAAACAAAACAAAAAAAUAGAAUUCAGAUGCGCUGGCUACGAUCGAUACUUCCCUAUCCCCACCCAAGAUGGGCAGCAGU